AUGUUUAGUAGAUACAGUUUCAGUGGUAGUAGUGAUUAUAAUGACACAUUGAUAAACAACAACAAUAGUAAUAAUAAUAAUAAUACCAAAGUUGGAGGAGAUGUAUUUCAAGACAAUUCCUCCUCAUCGAUUGACAAUGCUUCAGCAUCGACAUCAUCGAUUCAAGAAUCAAUAUCAAGAUUUAAUUUAACAUUUAUAUCAUCUGAACAACAAAAACAACAACAUAAUAAGAUUGAUGUAUCUUAUGCUACACCUUUACUCUCUUCAUAUUAUAUUAAAUGUAAAUGGAAUAAUAAUGGUUCAUUUGAUAUAUUAUUGACUGACACUAAAUCAAUUUGGAAUGGUCAUAUAUCAAUUAAUUAUAUUGAGAAUAUAUUGAAACCUGAUGGAAUGAAGACUGAUCACUAUGUAUCAUUAAUUAAAAAGGCUCUUAUUACUCAAGAUCAAAGUGGCACACAAUUUACUUAUCGUUUGAGACAAUCAAAUUCUAAACCAAAUAAUUUAGAGUUUACAAUUAAUAUUAAAUUAGAUAAUAGUGAAUUAUCAUUAAAGAGUAGUUUGAUAUUAUCAAAAGUGACAAAUCAUUCAACUGCCAACCUGGAAGAUUACUUUAAUUGGUUGAUUGGAAAGGUGGACUCGUUGAGUGACCACAACCUACAAUUAAACAAACAAAAUGAUUCACUUCAAACCCAGUUCAACGAAUCUAUAGAUAUCAUUAAACAACUAACCAGUGAGAAACAAUCAAUGGAAUUGGAUUUAUUUGGAAAGUUUGUCAUUAUAUUGAACGAAAAGAAACAUAAAAUUAAAGAAUUGACAAAUCAAUUAAAACAACAACAAAGAGAAAUGAAUUCACUUCAAACAAAAUUAAAAAGUGUUCAAUCAUUAUCACCAAAAAAACAAUCUGGUAAAUUGAUGGUAUUGUCUCAAUCACCUCCGUCAUCUCCAUCAAGUCAACAACAAGAUUCUUCUUCUUCUUUAUCCAUUUCACCAAAGAGUAAACAACAACAACAAUACCAACAAAAUACACCAGUUAAAAGAAAAAAUCAACAACAACAACAUUAUUCAAUGACACAAAAUUCAAUGCCAUCACUUGAUUUAUUGACAAGUGAUGAUAAUUAUCUUGUAAAUAGUAGUACCAACAAUAACAACAAUAAUAAUAAUAGUAAUAAACAAAUUUAA